CAUUACCACAGCAGUAUCAACAUGGCCCCAAAAGCGAAAGCCAGGCGAAUCUUGGUCAAGCUCGUAUCCACCGCCCUUACGGGCUCAUUCUACACCACAUCCAGAGUCAGGGUUGGUGACAAGCUCGCAAAGAUCAAGUAUGAUCCCAUCGUGAAGAAACACGUCCUCUUCACCGAAGCAAAGAUCAAAUAGGCAUCUACCCCUACACCUGCAUCCCAUUCAUACUCACGCAUAUCGCGUCCCUCCCCUCAUGUCCCCACUCAGUUGUGGAUCUCUAUUGUCACCGCCGUCGGAAUAGAAUUCGAGAAGAACGAGAGCAACACCUCUGCCGCCUGACGAACGAGGCUCAAUACCA